AUGUUGUUUGAACUAAACCAGAAUGAAUUGCGUUCUUAUUAAGAAAAGUAUGAUAAAGUGGUAAAGGCGAAAGUGAAUUUAGAUUUUAAAAAAACUAAAAAAAUAAUAAUAGGUUAGUUUUCGAUUACAGAAGCUCAAGCUGAUUUAAUUUUAAAAAAGGUAUUCUCUCGUUAAAACUCUGAUGAGUUGGAUAGGGAAGGGUUCUUUACAACACUCAGGUAUAUAUAAUGUUUGCAAAAUAAAGUGGACAUUGAAACUUGUGAUAUAAAAACAAUCAAACUGCAAUUCCCACUUAGAGUAAAUAGCAAAUAGAGCUUGAAAAAGUCAUUUUAGCCUCCAAACCCAGAAGAGCUGUUGGAUAAGUCGAUGAUUGCUCUCAAGAAUUUAUAAAACUUAGUAAAAGAACCACCAAAUUUAGAAAAAAAGUAGAGUUCUACUUCAUAAGAAAUAAAGGAUAAUCCAAAUCAAGAAAUCUAAAAAGAAAAAGAAGGAAUAACUGAAAACAAGGAGAAAGUACAAUUGGAAGUAGUAAAUGAGAUUGAAUAAUGCAAUGAACACAUAAAUUAAAUCUAAGCACAAAAUAAUACAAAUUAGUAAUCUGAAGAUGAUUAAUAAAUAAUUUAAAAUAACUUGGAAGAUGUAACUUAAUUCAAAGAGCAAAAUAAAUAUCAUGUAAUAACUGAGUUUGGUAACAUAGAUAUAAAUGAAAGUAAUGAUAUUUAAUAAAAUGACAUGAAUUUUACAUUUGGGGAUUCUAAACCUAUUCUUUAGUAGUCAUCAAAUAAUUUAUAACUAUAGAUAACUGAAUCUUAUGAAGUACCUCCAAAGACAGAGGAAAUCAAACCUGAUUUUAUUGAAAUAAGUGAAGAUGAAGAGGACCUUCCUAAGAAGGAUGAGUCAAAAGAUAUUUAUGUUUGGAUUUCAGGUUAUUAAUCAUUUAAAGAUGGUGCAUUUUCUUAAACUUAUUACACUUACACUGUUUGUUCAGAAAUUCGUACUGACCCACUUUAAGGAACAUAUACUAAAUAUUAAGUUAACAGAAGAUAUACUGAUUUUUAGAUGCUUCAAUAGUAUUUUACAAAGUCAAAAUUGGGAGAUAUAAUUCCUAGUUUACCAGAGAAGGAGGGUGUUAUUUCUAGCAUAAAGAGUAUGGUUGUGGAGAAUGCUGAGUUCAUAUCAUAAAGGUAAGAAUAGUUAUAGUUGUUUUUGUAAUAUUUAAGCAAGUAUAAGGAGGAUUAGAUAUUAUUGUCUUUUUUAAGUAAUGAUAAGAAGUUUGAUUUAAUAUUAAAGGAACUGAGAUAUUGCAAGGGAGAUAAUUAAGAUGAGGAUACUUUUUUGCCUGAUCCUGAUGAAUAUACUAGAAAAUAGAAGUUAAAGGAAAUGAUUGCGGGAAAAUCUAUUAUGGACAUUGUCGACUAUUUUAAAGGGGAAAAAGAAAUAGAAGCCAAGUUUCAGGAAGAAUACCGAUAGGUUUAGCAGCAUUAUAAGAACCUUGAGAAUAAGAAGCUUGAAUUAAGCAAAUUCAAAUAGUGUUUAAAUUAGUUUUAUGAACCAAUUGAGAAAUUCAGCUCUGGUUCUUAGUUAUAGGUAUCAUCAUUCAUUACUGAAGAGAAUAUUAAGUAUGCUUAAGAAACUUAAAAACUGUUCUAAUCAAAUUAUUCUAAACACUAGAAUUCGAUAAUGAAUUAAGUAAUGUAAAUUGAAUUUUAAUUAAACAGUUUGACUUAUAGUUUUGAAUAGAUAUAGAAGUAAAUCUACAAAUGGUUUGCUGAAAAGAAAAGACUAAGGGAGGAGAAGAGUUCUAAUAAGGCUGAUCUUCAAAAAAAUGAUUCUGAAGAAGGAAGAUUGCAAUUUGUUAUCUCCAAAACUAAUGAAACUUUGAUUAAGCUAGUUAGUUAAAUUACUGAGGAUUUGAAGGGUUUAUUAAAGGACUUUGUAGAAGAAUUAACUUAGAAUUGAAAUUAAACAUUUUAAUUUGGUUUUAUUAUCCAACUAUAAAAUA